AUGUCCGAUAAUAAUCUAAUAAAUUAUUGUUUAGACAAAAAUCAUAUACGCAUUGAUUAUACAACAUUAACACCCCGUUUUUCAGUAACUAAUAAUGAUAGCCUUAAUGAUGGUAUUACUCAUUUAAAUGAACAUGAGAACAUUCCUGGACGUCAUAUUCAACGUCAUGAUUCAACAACAUGGUCAAAUAAUUGGCCUGGUAAUACUCAAUUUGGUAUUAUAAACGAAUGUGGUAUUGGUCAAUCUGAUUUUAAGUGGAAUGUUCGUUCAAAUCGAAAUAUAAAACGAAUUUAUUCUCAUAUAUGGAAUACAAAUGAAUUAUUAGUUUCAUUUGAUGGUUGUGGAAUUUUUCGUUUUAUUGCAUUAACUGAUCAUAAUGAAACAACAGGUGGUCUUAUUGUUUUUCCACAUACACAUUUACGUUUUAGUGAAUUAAAUGAUCUUGCACAUCGAGGAAAUGCUAUAGGAAAAUUUAUUCAUUGUCAAUCUGAUGAUCCUGUUCUUUGGGAUUUCCGUCUUGUACAUUGUAAUUCUUGUGCUUUUGUUUCUGAUGAACGAUUAAAAAAUCAAUCAAUUGAUUUCUUACGAAUUGUUGCCUAUGUUAGUAUGAGUCCAACAACAUUUAUAUCUAAUCAAACAUUAGAUCAAUUUCAAAAAAAAAGAAAACUAUUAGCACAAAAUAAUUGUACCUUAACACAUUGGAGUACUGAAUUAACAGAAGCAAGCUCUACUUUUAAUUUACCAAAACUAUCAUUAGAAAAACUUGAUGCAUAUCAACUUGCAUUUAUUAUUGGAACUCAUCUUGAUGAUGAAUAA